AUGUUCGCGUGCCGGUCGAGUGUAUUGAGGACAACAGCAGCUCCGAAGCUAUUAGAGACUCACGUCUUCACGCCGCUCCAUCAGCCACUAAGGUCUCUAUUCGCUCGCUCAUUCUGCAAUUGGCGUUGGGCUACUGCUCAGCGUUUUACCAUCGUGUUUGCCGAAGAUCAAGUAGUUGAAGCUACAGUGGACCCGGAUGUGGGCAAGACUGUUGUCGAGAUCAUCGAGACCCGGGGCUACGAGGUUGAGACGCACAAGGUCACCACCUCGGACGGAUAUAUCCUCACCAUGUAUCGCCUCCCCAAGACUUACGACGAGAGUCAAUCGGGCUCGGACGCCGCUGCCAAUAAACCCGCUGUUCAACUGCAGCACGGACUGCUGGAUAGUAGCUUCACGUUCGUAUCGAACUUCCGGAACCAGAGUCUGGCUUACGUUCUCGCAGACGCGGGCUACGACGUGUGGCUUGGCAACAACCGCGGCACAACAUGGUCGAGUGAACACACGACGUUGACCACAGACGAUGAUGUCUACUGGGCGUUCUCGUGGGAGGACAUGGGUCUAUACGAUUUACCGGCUAUGAUCAACUAUGUUCUAAACACCACGGGGCGUUCUACCUUGAGCUACAUAGGUCACUCCGAGGGCACAACUCAAGCUUUCGUUGGGUUCUCAGAGAACCAAGAGGUAGCAAAAUCCGUUGACUACUUUGGUGCUCUCGCUCCUGUUGCUUGGACUGGUCAUGCGACUGCCGAGCUCUUCGUGGCGUUGGCACAGCUGAAAGUCGAUGUCCUCUUCCUUGACCUAGGCUUCACGAGCUUCUUGCCACACACCGAGCUGCUGAAGACCCUACUGUCCGACGUUGUGUGCACCAAUCUGGAAGAGUUUUGUGAGUCUGCUAUGGACCUCAUCGCUGGACCAUCGGACAACCUCAACGCCACCCGCAUCCCCGUGUACCUCUCGCAAACCCCGGCUGGCACCUCCACCCAAAACAUGGCACACUACGCCCAAGGUAUCCGUGACAACACCUUCGCUAAAUACGACUACGGUUGCAGUUGUCUCGAAGCAUUGGGCAUCGGUCUCUGCUCGUCGCUCAUCUGUAAGAACAAGGCCAAGUACGGCUCCUUCGCUCCGCCAGCGUUCCCCAUAGGAAACAUGGUCUAUCCUCGUACGGGCUUCUACAUCGGAGCAACCGACACGUUUGCGACGUCCACGGACAUUGAGCAACUCCGCUCAGGACUUCCCAACGGCACCAUUGUGUACGAGCAAACUAUCGACGCGUUCUCGCAUCUGGACUUCACCUGGGCCGUGAACGCCAACGAGCUCGUGUACCAAAAUCUACUGGUGCAACUCAGCAAAUACGCUGGUGUGGGGUACUAG